AGCCGCUCAACGAUCCACAGUCCAAAGUCGCUUGCAGCGAAAGACAUCGAGUGCAGAGAGUUUAACCACCCCAGAAAAUAUGUUCAAAUUCGUGUUGAUCGCCAGCUUGCUGGUCGCCAUCGCCUUCGCAGCUCCCCGCGAAGAAACCGAACAAGAAAGGAUAGACAGGGAGGAGCUCGAGAAGUACCAGAACGAAAACGCUUCAUACCAGUUCAAUGCCAAGGUCGACGAUCAGAUCAACGAUGGACAAAUUACGAGGACUGAGGAGCGCGAAGGAGGCACCGUGCGCGGUUCCUACAGCUACUUUGAUGGAUUUGUGAAGCGCCGUGUCGAGUACAUCGCCGACAAGGAUGGCUACAGGGUGCUCAAGGACGAGAUGGAGGAUGUUGGUGACGGCCCACGAUUCAAUCCCGAAGGCCAAGCCGACGUUGAAGGCUCUCUGAUCGGCAAAUACUCCAUCAAGUUGGACAAGGAUGACGAUGAGAAGCACUACAAGGACAUUCGUGCCUAAGAGAUAUUUGAGUGGAGGAUUUCUAACAUUUAGAAAUGGACUGAAUACUUCGUAAAGCCCUAAAGUAGAGUAGAGCACCGUCAGAACUGCUUUUGUAUUUUUCUCCCAAAAUAAAGUAUUGACAAAAUUAAAAAAAAAAAAA